AUGUACUUCGCAAAUGGUAACGCGGUAGCAUUUGCGGCUGCAAGUAUGCACAAGCUAUGUUCCUUGCAUCUUGUCGGCCAUACUUUCCACAGUGAAGGACUGGUAGCCAUUCUUGAAAACUGCCACGACCUAGAGUACCUUAACAUGCGAGAGUGCAAACCUAUUGCCAUUGAUGACAGGCUACAAGUGAAGCCUGCUCGGAUCAACAUUGAUGAUCGUGAGUACAAAAGCGACCAUCAUGAGGACUAUGGGUACCUGGCUGAUUGUACUUACUACCAUCCCUACUCCCCUGCCUGUGGAAAUCAUCCUUGUUGGCGGCCUGAUCCAGAAUUAGCCGAGGUUUACUUUGAUUAUUAUAUGGACUCCCUUAGAUAUGAUUUUGAUGAUUAUGAUAUUGGUGACGAUGACGAUCUCGAAGAGUAUGAGAAGAUCCUUGACAUCAAGAGCAUGCGUAGGUACCUAAGCUAA